AUGGAACAACUCAUACCCUUCUUCACCCGAGUUCAACUCGGCCAGGACCAGCCCUCGGAACUGAUUGCCCGUUUCCCCCAACUCGAGGCCGCCAUACUUUCUGGCGAUUUGACCAUAUCCCCUUCUGACCUUUUGCUUAUCCUCGACCGGCCCUCACCCGCCUCCAUCGCCAGCUCCCUCGCCCAACUCCAAUCCUCCUCCAGCCCGGACAAAGCCGCCCUCCUCCACCGCGCCGUGCACACACCCACAGCCCUGUCCUCGGACGAAAUUGAACUCCUCCGCCGCCGCUUCUGGCCCCCCCAUGAAUACGACGGCUGUCAGGCGGCCUGGGCUGGCGCUCUUGCCAAACUGGAAUCAGACACGUCGGAGGAAGAGAUGGUCGGCACGGUAGCGAGGUUGCGCGCAGUGAGGGAGAAGUUGGCGGGAGAGGAGGAAAAGGCGUUUGAGGCGGCGCAGCAGGAGUGGAUUCGGCGGCUGAUGUCGGGGACAACUACCACUACGACGACAACAACAACAAGUAUGCCAAAAGCGGCGUGUUGGGGAUACGCAAUCUAUUACGACCCAGAAUCAGGAGCGGACGAUGAGGAUUUCCAAGUCCGCGUGAGUGCGUCACUACAAUGGGCACGCGAUGUUUCGGCUGUGGCCAAGGAUGUGCAGGGGAGUUGGACGUUGCAUCGAAUGGCAUGGCCUACAGGGGCGGCCACUGGCAAGCACAACAAACGUGGUUUGUUCGAGAAGCUGCGGAAGGAUUUUGAAACGGUUCGUGAUGGACUGCCUGAGGGGAUCCUUCAUAACGUCUUUCUGGUGGUGGACCGGGAUUCUGUGCACUCGGUGUUGAGCGGGCCGAAAGGGGGAAAUGUCUGUGAUGACAUGUGGGUGUGGGCCGUGGAUCCCGAGUAUCACGACGACAAACAAGAGGGCCAAGACACGGUGCAAGAUCAAGAGGACCGAGAGGCAGCAGCAUACCCAGGCUACGUGCGCGUGCGGCUGCAGCAGCUGGUCAACAAUUUUUACGAGGCGCGGCGUUCGGACACAAACAACAGCAACAUGGUGCCUCUGGAGACGCUCUGGAAAUACGCGCAGAAGAGCUACCAGAGGGCGUUUGUGUCGGUGCGAGAGGAGGACUUUCAGAAAUGGGUGCCCAAUCGCGAUGUAGGCAGUUGUUUGAGGCAAUGA